AUGUCCUUUAUCACUUCUGCACCAGGGAAGGUAAUCAUAUUUGGUGAACACUCUGCCGUUUACAAUGAACCGGCUGUCGCUGCUAGUGUCUCCUCUUUAAGAGCAUACACUCUUGUCGAAAGACUCCCAGGGAAAAGCUCCAUUGCGUUGAAUUUCCCAGAUAUCGACUUCUCUCAUGAGUGGAGCCAUCAAGAGAUUGACAAGUUGCUCAAUUCUGAACAUGGAAAGAAACUGAUAUCCGUGGCUCAAGGUGAUACAAAAAACUUGAACCAAGAACUGGUUGACUUGUUAGAUGCUGAUUUACUUUCGAAUCUGAAGGAUUCGUUCCAUUACCAUGCUGCAUUCUGCUUCUUGUACUUGUACAUAUGUUUAUGUCCGUCGGUUACCGGUGUGGCAUUUUCCGUCAAGUCGACAUUGCCAAUUGGUGCCGGAUUAGGUUCAAGUGCUUCGAUCUCGGUGUGCUUGGCUUUAGCCAUGUUGAAGUUGGGUGGUUCUAUCACUAGUGCUGACUGCUUGACGGAAAAUGACAAGAAAUUGGUCAACAGUUGGUCUUUUAUUGGUGAGACAUGUAUUCACGGCACACCUUCCGGGAUUGACAACGCAGUGGCAACUUAUGGUAAUGCUGUCUUAUUCAAGAGGGAAGAAGACGGCUCGACUGAUUUCAAGUUUUUGGAAUUCCCACAAAUCCCUAUGAUUUUAUCAUACACCAAGAUCCCAAGGACAACUAAAGUUCUAGUUAACAACGUCCGUGAGCUCUUUAACACUUUCCCAGAUAUUGUGAAGCCUAUACUCGGAGCAAUGGGGAACUUGGCUCUCAUUGGGACUGCUUUACUAGAACAUCUUUCUGAAAAUGGGGAAGAAAAUUACAGUAAGCUACUACAAUUGAUACGAGUUAAUCAUGGUUUACUAGUGAGUCUCGGUGUUUCCCAUCCUGGUUUAGAAACAAUCAAAUCGUUGAGUGACACACUGGGUAUCGGUGAGACUAAACUUACCGGCGCAGGCGGUGGUGGCUGUUCACUAACAAUCUUGAAACAUGGAAUCCAGAGAAAAGAGAUCGAUGAUUUCAAAUCGACAUUGGAGACUCAGUAUUGUUACGGUACUUAUGAAACUGAUCUAGGUGGGAUGGGCUGCUCUUUUGUGAAUGUUAGCGAUAUCGCACCAAACGACGCUGACUUGAUCAGGAAUGUGUUCACAAACACCGAGAGCUCGAGAGAAGAAAUCGAUAAUGCUUUGUUACCAUCAACGUCCAACAUAACCUGGAUUUGCUAG